AUGUCUAUGGUAACUUCCAACAAGUUACUCCACCUUCUGGAGGCCUUCAGUCAACCCUGGUUUCUGUACAGCGGUCAAACACAUUACCAACUCGUCUUCCUUCUCUUGGAGGUAUUCAACAAUAUCAUCCAGUAUCAGUUUGACGGAAACAGCAAUCUAGUUUAUACAUUGAUACGGAAACGACAAGUUUUUUAUCAUUUGGCCAACCUGCCCACUGACCAGAGCACUAUUCAGAAGAUCGUCAAACGCCGACCCACCACGCUUUCCAAUUCGGAUCACUCCUCUCCGGAGUCAUCUCCAACCCUAUCCGCCAAACCAAAGUCCCAUUCCAUUCAAGGUAAUCACGAUACACAAAUGAUCAAAGAAGGAGCUCGAAAGAAGACUCAAGCUGAUGUCAUUUCUCCUACAAGUGCUGUGGCCCCAGCUGGUAAUAGAGAUGUCAACAGUAGCGCCAUUGAUACUCCAGAAGUAUGUUUUCCUCAGGUGUUACUUAAUGAUGUUCAUAGUGUAUUAGAACUUCACAAAGUUUGGU